AUGCCCGUCCGGAAGCAAGACGCCCGCCGCGCCCUGGGCCUGCUGGAGGACUACCGGGCCAAGCUGAGCCCGCUGGAGGACGACCGGCCCCUGCGCAGCUCCGUCGAGAGGGUCAUCGGCAUCUUCCAGAGCGGCCUCUUCCAGGCCCUCAUCGAUAUUCAAGAAUUUUAUGAAGUGACUCUUCUUGACAAUCCCAAAAGCGUUGAUCACUCAAAGCAAACUGAAUUAGUGCAGCCGGUCAACACCUGGGACUUCUCUAGCCUUCCAAGCACAACAGUGACGUCCGAAACUUUGCCGAGCAGUCUUAGUCCAGCCACAGAGAGAUCUCCCUCUCAGGAUGGUGGCCCCCCUCCUUCUCCACUGGAGCACGGCAGUUGCCUGCCUUCCAGCGAGGUGCCUGUCCCCGAGCUUGUUCACGUGUCUGAGAAGAACCUUUCACAAGUGGAGAAUGUACAUGGAUUUGUUUCUCACUCUCAUAUUUCACCAGUCAAGGCAAAUCCUCCCCCACUGGUGGUCAACACAGAGGCUCCGGAGACCCCAACCUAUGUCAAUGGCACGGAUGCAGAAUAUGAAUAUGAAGAAAUUACUCUGGAACGGGGCAAUUCUGGUCUUGGCUUUAGCAUUGCAGGAGGAACGGACAACCCCCACAUUGGGGAUGACUCCAGUAUAUUCAUUACAAAGAUUAUCCCAGGGGGAGCGGCAGCACAGGACGGGAGAUUGCGGGUGAACGACUGCAUUUUGCGUGUUAACGAGGUGGACGUCCGUGACGUGACACACAGCAAGGCCGUGGAAGCUUUGAAGGAGGCUGGUUCCGUGGUUCGGCUCUAUGUCAAGAGAAGGAAGCAAGUCACAGAAAAAAUCAUGGAGAUAAAGCUUGUUAAAGGCCCCAAAGGUCUUGGCUUCAGCAUAGCGGGGGGUGUUGGAAAUCAGCACAUCCCCGGAGACAACAGCAUCUACGUCACCAAAAUCAUUGAAGGAGGGGCGGCACACAAGGAUGGCCGACUCCAGAUUGGAGACAAGCUUCUGGCCGUAAACAGUGUUUGCUUAGAAGAAGUCACACAUGAAGAAGCUGUAACUGCCUUAAAGAACACCUCGGACUGUGUUUAUCUCAAAGUGGCAAAACCCACUAGCAUGUUCAUCAAUGACACUUACACUCCUCCGGACGUCACCAACUCGUAUCCUCCGCCGCAUAUUGACAACCAUAUCAGCCCACCAACCUACCUGGGACAUCCCCUCUCACCUGCGUCGCCAGGAAGAUCCUCCCCCAUUCCCAAGGGGAUGCUUGGAGAUGAUGAGAUAACCAGGGAGCCGCGGAAGGUGGUACUCCAUCGAGGAUCCACAGGGCUUGGCUUCAACAUCGUGGGUGGGGAAGACGGAGAAGGAAUUUUUGUCUCUUUCAUCCUUGCAGGAGGACCUGCAGAUCUAAGCGGCGAGCUCAGGAAAGGAGACCGCAUAAUUUCGGUAAAUGGUGUGGACCUCACAGCUGCAACUCAUGAAGAGGCAGCAGCUGCCUUGAAGAAUGCAGGCCAGGCGGUCACGAUUGUGGCCCAGUACCGUCCAGAAGAAUACAGCCGUUUUGAAGCAAAAAUACAUGACUUGAGAGAGCAAAUGAUGAACAGCAGCAUCAGUUCAGGAUCUGGGUCCCUGCGGACCAGUCAGAAGCGGUCCCUCUAUGUCAGAGCACUCUUUGACUAUGACAAGACUAAAGACAGCGGCCUCCCCAGCCAGGGGCUGAACUUCCGGUUUGGUAACAUCCUGCACGUCCUCAAUGCUUCUGAUGACGAGUGGUGGCAGGCCCGGCUGGUCAUGCCCAGUGGGGAAAGCAAUGAGGUUGGCGUGAUCCCAAGCAAGCGCAGGGUUGAGAAGAAAGAACGAGCCCGUUUAAAAACAGUGAAAUUUAAUUCUAAAGCAAGAGGUGACAAAGGGCAGUCAUUCAAUGACAAGCGUAAAAAGAACCUCUUUUCCCGAAAAUUCCCCUUCUACAAGAACAAGGACCAGAGUGAGCAGGAGACCAGUGAUGUGGACCAGCACAUAACGUCCAACGCCAGUGACAGUGAAAGCAGCUACCGUGGCCAAGAGGAGUUCGUGUUGUCUUACGAGCCUGUCACUCAACAAGAAGUCAGUUACACUCGGCCAGUGAUUGUUCUGGGACCUAUGAAAGACAGGAUAAAUGAUGACCUGAUAUCUGAAUUUCCAGACAAAUUUGGAUCGUGUGUUCCACACACCACUCGACCAAAACGGGACUACGAGGUGGAUGGGCGGGAUUACCACUUUGUGAUAUCCCGAGAACAAAUGGAAAAAGAUAUUCAGGAUCACAGAUUCAUUGAAGCUGGACAGUACAACAACCAUCUCUAUGGGACAAGCGUUCAGUCUGUGCGAGAAGUAGCUGAAAAGACUAAGCACUGCAUCCUGGAUGUCUCAGGAAAUGCCAUCAAAAGGCUUCAGGUGGCUCAGCUGCAUCCCAUCUCCAUCUUCAUCAGACCGAAAUCAGUGGAGAACAUCAUGGAAAUGAAUAAGCGAUUAACAGAUGAACAAGCUCGAAAGACAUUUGAGAGAGCCAUGAAGCUAGAACAAGAAUUCACGGAACAUUUUACAGCGACCGUGCAAGGGGACACACUGGAAGAGAUUUACAGCCAGGUCAAGCAGGUCAUUGAGGAGCACUCAGGCCCUUCCAUCUGGAUACCAGCCAAGGAGAAAUUGUGAAGGCUGGCCAGCC